UCCGCCGCUGCUGGGCGCCCGGAUCCGGGCCCUCGGGCGGCUGGACGCGGCGGGAGCCCGCUUUCCCCUCGCCCGCCCCUCCCUCCGUCGCACUCACCCCACGUUAAGGGGACCCUGGCCCCUGCGAAGCGUGUCUUUGCGACCCCGCCGCCUUCCGGUUUCUGUUCUUUCCGCUCCGCGCCUGUCCGUGCCUGACCGCAGGUCCAGGGCGCUCUCCGAGCCGCGUCCUGAACUUGGACCUCUUACCCGAGCGUCCCCGGCGGCCCGCUUCCCUCCGGGAGCCUCGGCCCGCCUCCUCUGCGCCUCCGCCUGGCUUUCCCGGGUGGUGGCGCCGGGACCGGCGGGCCGCCGCUGGAGCUCCGGUGCAUUUCACCCGCACCGCGGUUCUGGCGACGGGCACGGUUCUUGGCCCGUUUCCCAGAGGGCACUGCCGGACUCUCCCUCCAAACAGGAUUAACUCUUCCUGGGAGAAUUGUAGAAAAUGGAAGUGAAAAAGGGUCCUAUGAUGCAGAUAAAGUUACCCAAAGAAACUCCUGGUCAGCAUUUUGAGGGGCUGAACAUGUUAACUGCGCUUCUGGCACCAAGAAAAUCCAGGACUGCAAAACCACUUGUGGAGGAAAUAGGUGCUUCUGAGGUUUCUGAGGAAGGAGUAGAAGAUGACGAUGGAGACUUUGGCUGGGAAAUCGAACAGUCCCCCUAUGAAGAGGUGCCAGAGGGUGCUGUGCGCCCGCAGGGCCACUAUGGAUUUGGAGGCCUGCGAUCGGGAGUGUUUCAGCGGUUACAGGAUGAAUUCAGUGAUGUCAUCGAUAUUAAGGAUCCAGAUUUUACUUCUGCAGCUGAACGCAGGCAGAAACGCCUGGCUGCUGAGCUGGCCAAAUUUGAUCCUGAUCAUUAUCUAGCCGACUUUUUUGAAGAUGAGGCAGUUGAACAGGUUUUGCAGUAUAACCCUUGGUGGACUGAUACGUAUUCAAAGAUGAUGGCCUUUAUGGGAAAGAGUCAGGAGCAAGAAAAUCAUGCUGCUUUAGUAUCUUUCUCUGAAGAAGAGAAAUAUCAGCUGCGAAAAUUUGUCCAUAAAUCUUAUCUGCUGGACAAAAGAGCCCAACGUCAAGUGUACUACAGUCUGAUUGAUAUCCUUCUGGCCUAUUGCUAUGAGACGCGUGUCAAUGAAGGAGAGAAGAACGUUGAAUCUGCGUGGAAUAUCAGAAAACUGAGUCCAACACUGUGCUGGUUUGAGACUUGGACUAAUGUUCAUGACGUGCUGGUGUCUUUUGGAAGAAGAGUUUUGUGCUACCCACUUUACCGCCAUUUCAAGCUGGUGACGAAAGCCUGCAGAGACACUAUAAAGAUACUGCAACUAGGUAAAAGUGCAGUUUUAAAGUGUCUACUGGAUAUUCACAAAAUUUUUCAGGAAAGUGACCCAGCUUACAUUCUAAACGAUCUCUAUAUCUCGGACUACUGUGUGUGGAUUCAGAAAGCCAAGUCCACAAGGCUGGCAGCUCUCGCAGAAGCCUUGAAGGAAGCCCCCCUGACGAAGGCCCAGCUGGGCUUGGAAGUGAAUGAGCUGGAGGCGGCCGCACUGCUGGUCCGCGAGGAAGAAGCAGCCCGCCCCGCCUCACCGGCCUCCAGUUCUGAGGCCAGCGGCUCCGAGGACCCCGGCAGCAGUGCCUCCUCAGCCAGGACCGCAGACCCAGACUCAGAGCCGGAGGGGCUCGCAGGCAGGGCAGCCGCGAGAGGAAGGUCCUUACAAGGCCCUGUUCUUGACGAAAGCAGCGCCCUGCGUGUUGAUGGCUCUGGGCUGAGACGCCCGGCCACCCCAAGGGCUGAUGUCUGUCGGGGAGCACUGCCGGCCUCCACGCAGGCCCCUGGGAGAGCGGGGCCUCUGAUAGAGGAGCUUGGAGAACAACUGGAGGCUGUGGUUCAGCUCUCGGAGCCCGAAGGCCCCACUGGGCCCCCGCAGGGCACAGGCCGACAGCACCCUCCCGGGACGGGCGGGAGGGUUUCAUUUGUGGGUGAGCAUGAUGGCAGGUUUGGUUUUAGCUACUGACCUAGAAUUCUUCACUUUUACUUGUACUCUUUCUUCGUGUAUACAACAUGUUUUCCAAUGAGCUUCCUUCCUGUUACGUUAAAGUUCUAAAUUACUUUUACCAAAGCAUAAUUAACAUCUGAAGAUGAAAACAAUAGUUCCGUGAGAAUCCCUAGGAUGUGGAGCCCAUUGAUAUUUUUAAUAGCUUUACCAAGAUACACUCGGCAUGCAGUAAGCUGCACACCUUCAAGUGUACGAUGCGAUCCGCGCUGGUGACACAUGCACCACAUCAAUCCUCUUAGCGAUCAAGAGACUGUACUUACCUCAUCUCCAAGUGUCUUCAUGGUGCCCUGGCGCCCUCCCCACUGCCUCCCAAUAAAGCUGUCAUGAAUA